AUGGCUGAGAAACUCCCACCAAUGGAGAUAGUUGAAACUUUCAAGCGGAGACGCUCUGAACGAAACUUCGAUGGCAGUAUGACUGAAGAAGAGCGUGCAAUUGUUGAAAAUAUCGUUAAAGAAUGCAAUGAAUUACCUUCAAUUUGCGGAACAAACGCAUCAAUUGCUAUUACAGAGCCAGGAAUUGGUAGAUUCGGUUUUGUUAAAGCAGAAUCUGGUUGGAUUGUGCUCAAAUACCCAUUGGAAAUAACUGACAAGGAAGAAAUCAUUAAAUACACACUUGAUGCAACAUUCAAAGCAUCAAUUGCAGUCCUUAGAAUCGUACAAAACCAUUUAGGAACUGUUUGGAUUGCAGGAACUUAUCAAGAAGCUUUAGUUGAAUCAAGAUUCCCUGGAUUCAAGAUUCCAUGCACAGUUGCUUUUGGAAAAGUUGCUGCUCAACUAUCUAAUUAG